UCAAAUUGGUCAAAAAUAUACACAGAAAUUAGAGCAGAAUUUAGUUUAAUUAAAUUUAUUUUGUAAUUAUUGAGAUUAUCAGAAUGUCCGCAAAUUGCAAGUUUCAUUAGUGUAACUUAGACAACGAGUGAUGACGUCGAAAGAAGAUAAUGUAAUCUUAAAAGUGCAAAAAAUCUAUGGAAUCAAGUUAAGUCGUCUUAUUUUAUUGUGGACAUCGACUUAGACCUUUUAAUAUGUCACAUUUUGGAGACUACAUGGACGGUGUCCCUGUUAAAAUAUCCGAAAAGUAUAAAAGACCUCCAAGAAUAGACCUGCCGUAUUCUGUUGCCGAAUGCUCGAUCAGAGCCCAAAAUGUUGUCGACGGGGUCCAGUAUUGCACAAUAUUCGAGAAAAACGUACUUUCUAAACUCAAAGAGCUCAAGAGUGCGAAAGAGACGAAAAAAAACGAGAGGCGACAUCGUUUGCAACUCCUCGAGGAGGCCAAACAAAAGAAACUCGAUGCCAUAGCUGCUGCUGAGGCUGAGGAGAGGUUGAAACAGUUGAGUGUGUCCGAGGUAUCGUACCCCAGUACUGACGAGAUAAGUGCCCUGUCACCCGAUGACAAAGUAGAAAAAACUGAUGAGACAGCAUGUCCUACUGAGGAGAAUAGCCCGGACAUAGAAAAUGUUGGCAACACGGAAAAAGAAUAUUUAUGUACAAGCCAAGAAUCACAGUUGAAUAUACUCCAACCUAUUCAAAUUCGAUCAAACUACCAGUUGAAUAACCUGCUCGAUGACCCAGACCCAUUGCAGGAAUACAAGAUGAAUGUAAAUAUGACUAAAAUGCCUCAAGCUAGGAAUGUUGAUAUGUUAACCUAUAAAGAUUUUGAAAAUGAUACAUCCAGUCCCUUUGACAAUGUAGAAUUGAAAACUAUUAACGAUAUGGAGCUGUUGGCCCAAGUGCUGCAGAGUCAGAGAGACACUGGUAAUGUUCAACAGACUUAUAUUCCCGAGCAGUACCCCAGCUGCAGUUCUCAAGCUCAGAUGGGUGUUACAUACGUCCCAAAUGUGUACGCUGAUCCUAACAUGCAGGGGCCAAAUACUAUGUACACGUCUCCCCAACAUUAUCCCAUGACUAAUGGGUAUUACCUUCCAGAGAAUAUCUGUGAUAAUACGUUACCAAUUGAAAAUGUUUAUGUACCAAAUUACCAGUAUUUUGUGCCCCAACCGUACACAGUUCCCACUCCAUAUUAUACAAAUCAAGUAACCUCAACCUCUGCUGAUAUUCCAAAUGGAUCAUAUAUUCCACAACCAUUUUAUUAUCAAUAUCCACCAGCGGUUCCCUAUGUACAGAGCACAUAUCCCACACAAAACACAGAACAAAUAGAGAGUGCACCUUCGGUCAGCUCUCAGAAUACAGUCAAAUCGAGGUCUCGAAGUGUUCCAGAUAUUGUUAAAGAGUUAAAUGAUGAGCUUAUGUCGGCGAGACAGCGAGCAAGUGAACGAGCAUCAUGUAACACAAGUCCCGGCUUGAUCAAACAGAAUAAUGUUCCUAGAUCAUACUCAAGUAGUGACAAAAAGGAGCGUAGGAAAAAGAAGAGUGAAACAUUACCAAAUCCAUAUGACAAGUUUCCGGCAGAACUACAGAGGGUUUGCCAGAAGAUACAUGGCAUGGGCUUCCCUCUUGAUCGAGUGGCAAGAGUCUGUAGUUUAGUUGGGGAUAAUGAUAAAAGAAUAAUAGAGUGCCUGCUGAUUUUGGGUGAGCUGAUGGACUUAGGGUUUUCGGAAGGAAGAGUGUCUACAGCACUGGCUAAACAUGAAUUUAACAAAGACAAAGCUUUGGAUGAACUUGUUUCCUAAUCUGAAAUGGUUGUAAUGGAUAAAUCCUGUCUAGGAUGAGAAAGUUUUAUAAUCUGUUGAAAUUCCAAUUGAUAAAAUGAAUCCAUCUUGAUGUAAAUGUAAGACAAAUUUAAAAGCAGGAUUCAUAUACAUAUUGGUCAAAUGAUUCAGAACUGAAGAUUCUCUAAAAUGAAAUACAAGAUGUUGGAAUCAGUUAUUUCAGCCACGCGCCAAAACUUAUUUGUAUUGUACAGAAAUAAUGAAAUUUUAAAAUUAUAAAAACUGCUUUCAAGCAAUAAGCAUGAGGUGAUUGUCUAAAAAAUCUUGUCCAGACUCUUGGUACAUAAUUUUUAAGCUUUAAACAAGUUAUAGGUGUGACUGACAAUACAUUUUGUAUUAAAACACACUUUCUUUAAAAUCUUCAUAAAAGUGCAGCUGCUGCAGUCGCAGCUUAAGUUUUAUACUUACACAUUUUUUAGCAAUAUAUAGUUGUUUAAAUUAUACAAGUUUUGCCUAAGUGUGAUGUCAAAACUU